CUACAGUCACGACUGCUCAGUAAUUAUCAUGUUGACAGGAGAAAACGCAUCAACCUGUGGUGGCAAAUAGUGUCCAUGAUGGAUUUCUUUCUUUGAAAAUCAACUCCAUGUGAUGGUACUGGAACGUUUGUUGAUUUCUAUACCUUUCGAAACAUUCAUGACAUGGAAAGGAAGCUUGAAGUCUCUGUUUUGUGAUCCUGAAGUGGAUUUCAUGGAUUAGUAUACUUACAAAUCAUCUCGUGGCUGGCACUUUGCUGGAUGUGACCUUGUUCGUGUGAAACAUCCUUCUGUUGUUUGUAAGAGACUUGAUCAUCACAACCAUGAUGCUGCGAAACAACACUUCAAAUUGUCAUCACAAGGCGUAAUACUGUUGGAAUAUUUUGUCCUGAUAUAUUUGGAACCAUCCUAUAAUUUAAGGCUAUAUUACAAAUAUAAUGGGAAAUUCUUCAGAUCGAGAAAAAGAUGAGGUGAGUUGCACAGACAUACAAGACAGUAACAAGUUAUCUGAAGAAAAGAAAGUGUUAAGUGAUGACCUAUCUGCAGACAGGACUGAUGUCGAUAAUACGGAGUCUGUUGGCAAGGAUGAGUUGGAUAGUAAAGAAUCUGUUGGCAAGACUAUCUUAAACUUUAUACAGUCUAUUGGCAAAUCUGAAUCCAAUGAUAACCAGGCUGAAAGGAAGGCUGAGACAGACAGCUGUCAGAAUGUAGGGAAGUCUGAAGCUGACAACAAUCAGUCAGGAGGCAAGUCUGAAUCAGACAAUCAGUCAGGAGGCACGAUUGAAUAUGAAGAGCAUUCCAAAGGAGAGACUGAUUCAGAAAACUUGCAGCAUGUAGAAAAUAGCAAGUUGGAUGACAAGAACCAACCUGUUAUUAAGCCUGCAUUUGACAAGAAACACCCAGCAGCUAAGACUCUAUCUGACAAGAAGCAACCGAUUACUGACACUGCACCUUCCAAUAAAUAUGUUGCCAAGACAACAUCCGACAAGAAACAACAUGUUGCCAAGACAACAUCAGACAAGAAACAACAUGUUGAUAAGACUGCAUCAGACAAGAAAAAAGCAGUUGGCAAGACUGUAUCAGAUGAGAAACAUCCAAUUGACAAAACAGCCUCAGAUGAAAAACACCCUACUGGCAAAACUACCUCAAACAAGAAACAUCCGGUUGAUAAACCUGCCUCAGACAAGAAACAACCAGUUGAUAAACCUGUCUCAGACAAGAAACAACCAGUUGAUAAACCUGCCUCAGAUAAGAAACAUCCAGUUGACAAAACUGCCACAGACAAGAAACAACCAGUUGAUAAACCUGCCUCAGACAAGAAACAACCAGUUGAUAAACCUGUCUCAGACAAGAAACAACCAGUUGAUAAACCUGCCUCAGAUAAGAAACAUCCAGUUGACAAAACUGCCACAGACAAGAAACAACCAGUUGAUAAACCUGCCUCAGACAAGAAACAACCAGUUUAUAAACCUGCCUCAGACAAGAAACAUCCCAUUGACAAGAGUGCCACAGACAAGAAACAGCCUGUUGACAGGUCUGAAUCUGACAAGGAUCUAUCAGUAGGCAGGAACAAAAGGCAGCAAGACAUAAAGCAAUCCGAAGGUAAGACUGAUGGUGACAAGAAGCUUCAGGUAGCCAUAACACAGUCAGACCACAGUCAGACUGCUUCCAAGGGUCAAUCAAACAUCAAACAAUCUGUUGGCAAGGACCAGUCAGAGAGCAAGCAGCCAGUUGGCAUCACAAAGUUGAAUAACAAGCAGUAUGGAGGGAAAAGCCAGACACACAGAACCAAAUCUAUUGAUAAUUGUUCUGAAAGGUACUUUAAUGCGAACAGUAGACCCAAUACUAAACAGCAAAUUGUGGGAUACAUGCAUGGAAAAGACAUUACAGUGGGUUCAGCUCAUCCACAAAACACUGAUUUAAACAGAGGACAGAGACAUGGAUUUAAAAAUGCAAGGAAAACAAUUUUGAAACAUUUUGGAGAAGAUUAUUCAGAAGUUGGAGCAAGGAAUUGUGAUAGAACUGGAAAUAUAUUUAAGGGAAACCACACUGUUCACCAUCGGGUUAGGUUUCAUAAUUUGUAUCAGGUAAAGGAAGAAGAUGAGGACGAGGAAGAUGAGAAUAUCAAUGUAAAUCCAAAGGCUGGGGAUGUGAUACAUAAGUCUUCCAUGGCUGGCGUUAGAACUGGCAAGUGGAAAUGUUGUGACACAGCUAGUCAACUCACUACCAUUGGAUUAGAAGGCGGACUUCCCCUCCUGAGAAAAAUGCGAUUCAUCACCUCUAUGAAUAGAAUGUCUUGCCAGAAACGGAUAAAUGAAGAUGAAGACACUGGGAUCAGUGGAUGGAAAGAUGGUGAAACUGCUCAUUCCGGUACCACGCAUAGGAGAAACCUGUCUCUUGAUACAGUGGCUCAGAAGAAACAGACUCCAAAUGAUAUUGGCAUCUGCUUUCUUGGUGACAGAAGACUAGCCACUGUUUGUAAAGAAGGCCCUGCCAGCAAGGAAGGAACUCCUUCAGUUAUGGGAGGGUUGCAGUUUGUCACUUCCAUGACAAAGAUGGCUCAUCAAAGACCUAAUGCACAGAAAGGCGAUAUUGGAUUGAGUAGGAGGAAAGGUAGUAAGACAUUUGGCAACAAAGAUACCACAGCUGAAAGUGGCUGUCCAGUUAUGGGUGGGUUGCCCUUUGUCUCUUCUGUUCACAAAAUGACACAACAGAAACAGUUAAGAGAGGACAAUGACACUGUAGACAGAGAAGUAGCUGCUGCUCACACUCCCCCUACAGUUAUAGAACCUGCCCAUUUAUUUGCAAGGGGAAACUUUGUCACAUCCAUGAAUAGAUUGACCCGUCAGAAACAGAUCAGGGACGAAGACUGUGACCUUCAUGGGGACACACGUGAAGGAACUUUCAGCAAUGAGGCCGCCAUGGUGGAUAAAGGUGGUCAUUCACUUAUGGGAGACCUGAACCUUGUCACUACUCUAAAUAAAACAACACAAGAAAAAAGGAAAAGAAGGGUACAAUCUGUUCACAAAGAAGGUAUCACAAAUGAUGACGCUGGUUCUUCAUUGAUGGGAGAUUUGCAUCUGGUCACUUCCAUGUUUAAAAUGGCCUGGCAGAAAGAGCCUGAGAUUGAAGCCAAUGACUUGGGUGAAACUAUCCAGAAAGAUGAUACAUCUGCUGGAGUAGGCAAUCUUCACUUUUCAGAAGUGCUGAGCUCAACCUUGUGUUCUGAUAACAUAGCUCAACUUAAAACAAACACUAGCCCUGAGCGGAGCGAGGGUGGCAUUCAUAACACAGAUGUCACAGCUGAAGAUGAUGACCAGCUUCCUACUAACGGACUGAAUUUUGUCACCGCUAUUAAUGCAAUGACCCAACACAAACAGAACAGUGACACGGAUCAAAGAGAUUGUGACACUGAACUUAGAGGAUCAACUUUAGAUAAUGAAGAUGGUCAUCUUGAUCUUGAAGGAUUUCGUUUUGACUCUGAUAGUGAUAGUGUAUCUAGCCAAGCCACUGAGACAAGUUUUCUGAACAUUUCUGAAAUGGGCGAUGAUGGUGAUAGAGUGAUGGAUGGAGACAUGGAGCUGAAGUUUGUGGUGAACGAAAGUGUGGUCACUCCACAAAGGUAUCAGCGGGAGAGGAUGAGCUGCUCAUUUGAUUCCUUGGACAUUGACAUGUUUUUAGCCAAUGAAGCUUACGAUGAUAAUGAGUCUAUCUAUGUAGACUCCCUGUGUGAUCAGACAGAUCCAUGUACCAAACACGACUUUAAUGAAGAGUUCAAAGACUCCCUGGACAUGAGUGACUUCAGUUACAGUGACAAUGAUUCAAGGCGUGUGCAGGAAACUGUUACGGAUGUUAAUGUUUCAGAGGCCAAGCUGAGAGCUUCACUGUCAUGGAUUUUACAUAAGGCAUAUCGAGAUUCCAUACCGGCCGAGUUCAAGGAUCCAUUUUACGAAACAGAUCAGGGAGCAUGGCAGAUGAAACCUCACCUUGUUCGACUUCUGACAUCCAGCGAGAUUUACUGUCAAGCAUGCACCAAUAUGUUUCCCAACAGAUCAUCGCAAUGGCAGGGUCACUGGAGCAUCAUCCAGGUGUUGUCUCGGAAAGGCAUCUAUGUAACUGGCUCAGACGACUCCACAGUCACUGAAACUGUUCUCAUCCAGACAGCCCCAUUUAAUAUGGAUGCCCAUGUGUCGCUGAUUACCUCACUCAUGGUGGCCUACACAUGUGAACAGGUCACAGUUGAAAGGGUCGUGCAGGCAGUAAGACGACUUACGACAUUCAAUGCUUCAAGUGAGCUACCGUCAGGUGCUGAGGAUACUGUGAUGUUCUGGAUCAACAAGGUGUGCUCUGUGGCCCAGAGCCGAGACCCCAAGUCUCAGCAUGUGCUCCAAGGGGAGACCAGCCAGAAAGUGCGUAUUGUUAGUCGAACACCUGUGGGAGAGCCAGCACAAGCUCCUGUGAUACAUGAUCUAAUGGCUGACCUUAGUGAUGGCUGUUCUCUUGCUGUACUGGUCAGCUUCUACUGCCCAAACCUGCUCAGCUAUAGUGAUAUUUGCCUGAAGGAGAACCUGGGUAUUGCGGACUCACUGUACAACUUGCGACUGGUGAAGACGUUCUGUGAACACAACAUGCCGGCUGGGUGCUUCCCCUUCACCUAUGAAGAUCUCCUAUAUACACCCCACACACUUCGAGAAAACAUCCUAGCCUUUCUUGGAGAACUCUUCUACUGGUUUGAAAUACAAAAGUUUGAUGGAUCCCGGCCCAGCACUGGCCAGGCUCUGGCAGGUGUGCCACAAGUCAGCAACGCAACCAAGCGCAGCUUCCACCAGGCAGAGGAUACACAGUUAACCAGUACCCCGGAGCUCAACAAAGCCACAAGUCCAUCAUCGGGAAUUCCACCAAGACAGGGACCAUUGUUACACAAGCGACACCAAGGCAAGACAGGUGUCAAUGAAGAAGAACCUGUUCGAUACUUAGAACCACCGAAACACCCUCGUAGAGCACACUCCCUUAGCUCACCCCAGGAGAGAGACACCAUCCGACAGUCUGUGAUAGCCUGGGAGGAGCCUGCGUCCCCAACACACAGGCAACAAGGCAUGAAGACACCAGUUAACCAGAGUCAGGACAGUCAAAGUAGUGCACUCCUGGCAAAUGUCAGCAUUGACUCUGAACUCAAUGAAAGCUUUACCGAUGACCAGCUUGGUAGCAUGAAUUUUGACUUGGACAAAAGUCAGUCGCCACAGCCAACAUUUAGUGAUCGACAAACUGUGCCAUCAAACCUGCUUGAUCCAAGUCACCCUGAUUAUUUAGAGAUAGAGAGUGUCAACUCGCGUCAGUCAAAUAUGAACAGUUCUAGGAGUGAAAAGCUGGAACCUUUAAUGCCAGCUAUUAUUCGUCCUGCAAAAGAAAAACAUUCAAAUCACACCAAAGCCCAAGAAAGAGGUGAUCCUUUUCUAAGAAAGAAAUCAACAUCACCAACAAAGCCAAGAAAGUCCCGUAGUUCGCCUGUCAGCAGCUCGGUGACACCCAGUCAAGGGGACAUAACUGUUGAAGCUGUGGUUACUCUUCCAGGAGAUAGUAGUCAAGUGAUGAGUAGUGAUGAAACUGUUGUGACUCCUCUCCCUGACGACCUGCUGACAGCUCGGUCAGGGGAUGGGGACUGUGAUAGCCCUGACUCUCAGCAGAAAGGUUUCGAAGCAUUCUAUAUAAAUCCAGAGAUCUCUGUGGAGGUUUCAUUGCCUCCUGUGUCAAGUCAGUCUCCCAGGGCACUUAGCGCAGGUUCGCACUCGGACGAAAGUGAGGUGACUGCUAGUUACACAAUUGACCAAACUCAUACGUUAGAAACUGCUAGAGCAGCUGGGAUUCCUGUUGUUCAGAGUGGAGAUGGUGUUCAUAUUCGGAGGACAACCUCUCGGGAUGGUUCAGUGUCGAGCAGUAGAAGCUCAGGGGACUUCUCGGAUCAUGAAUCACAUAAGAUACAUCUUGAUCAUAAAGCUAGAGAGACAGCUGACUUGAAAACCUCUCUUUCGUUUCCUUCACGAAAUCGUCAAUCCCCAGACGUUGUAGACACCCAAAAACCUAAACUUGUGAUCACUGACCAACUGCCAAAGACAUUGGCUCAAACACUGGCUAACAAAGAUAAACGGCCUCUUACUACAAACUUUGCUGAAAUCAAACGAAUUAAGGAGACUUAUGGAAAUAUUGAUAAUUCUGGUUUGGUGUAUAUGCAGAAUGGCCAAGAACCAAAAGGCAACGGAAAUACAAAUACGCUCAAAUCAGCUUUUUAUAGGAAACAAAAUGAACCAGGGGGAAAGAAAACAACUUUUGCAACACUGCCAAAUGAAACCACAUGGAUAGCCCAGAGAGCAUCGCAGGCCUCAGCAGCUCAAGCUCAGAGCAAUGGAGCUGAAUCCCAGCCUGUGUCAUCCGAACUCUCUCAGCUGAGGAUGAAGCUGGAUGAGAAGAGGAAGGAGAUUGAGAAGAAAAAACAGAGAAUGGAGAUGCAACAAAACAAGAUGAGACGGAGGCUGGGGAAGGAUGCGUUCUACAGGGUAGUGUCACGGCACAUGGAUGAUGUACCUGAUGGCACAACAGCUCAAGCGGUUCCUGGUGAUAGAACUGCAUCUGAGAUCGGGGAGAUGCUCGGACAUCAAGUCCCUGGGGCCACUGAUGCUCACAGGCCAACAUCUUUUGUAGAGCCUUCCUCACAUGCUGCUCAGAGGUCAAGGCCAUUUUCACGAGAGGGAAUUCAACAAACUAUAGACAAUGUUCGAAAGAAGUGGUUCAAGGAGGAUGAUUUAGUUGGUGGGGCAAAACCUCCAGAUGAUGAGUGUAUGACUUUAAGCCAAGAGGAAAAACUGGGCCCACUUUUACAUGUACAAUCUCAGCCAGUUCCUUCUCCUCCCUCACAGGCAAUGACAGAUAGUCAGCAUAGCACUAGUAGUCAACACAGCACAGGCAGCCAACCUGAGUCAUUUGAAGUUUACGAUUCAUCUCUGGAUAAGCUCAAUAAGAGUUUAACAGAUCUCCAGGGUGAAAUAGCAAGGCUGUCAUUACAACAGGAGCAGAUAAAAUUCCUUCAGUCGCCCCAGGGCUAUGCCCAAGCCGACAUGCAGAUGCACCUACAAGGUGGACCCAUGACAAAUGUUUCCAACAUCCCACCCCAGUCUUUUCCCAAACAGACUGGUUACACCACGCCUCCUCAGCAAGUCACACAGAUGGGGCAGGGAGGACCUCAUCAGCCAUAUGCGACCAGUCAGAACCAGUUUGUGCCAGGAGCUGGUAGUCAAGGGUUCCCUGCUCCUGCAACGUCUCAGAUGUACGUAACCCAGUCAGCUUCACAGAAACAUGUGCCAUACCAGCCUUCUCAGACACUUCCAUAUGCCAGUCCCAUCAUGGCGGCUACGAGCUACCAACCGGUUACCCAACCCACCUCCAGCCAUCAUAUUCCUCAGUACUCGACAAUGGGAUCUCAAAUGCCCACUUCUACCCACCAUCCUUUGCCUACUUCUACCCCCAUCCCACCCUCGGCACUGUCGACAGAGCGAAAGAUCCCCACCCCUCCUGGUUAUACUCUCCCCCCUCACUCUCCAGAUGCCCAGCCCAAUGCUGACACUGCCUCAGAAGAUAGCUCUUCCACCCAGGACACCAUGGCCAAUGGGAAUGGAUUCUUUGUUUCAUUUGGGGAUGAGACACCUAAGAGAGCAAAACCCAAACUUGGCAAGGACAGGACAAAGAAGGAGCAAAAACCGGAAACACCUGUUUCCAAUCCAGCAUCAGCAGCGCCUCAAGCAGCAGCAGCACCUGCAGCAUUGGCAUCUUCUUCCUUGCCAGCCUCUGCCUCACCGUCUUUCUCCAAUACCAGCGCACCAUCACAGCCGCCACCCAGUGUGCAUACAAACCAUCACACUGCAAAUACUGGCUUUGUGAUUGAAGAACGGGAACUCACUCCAGAUAAGGUUCAGAACUCUGAUGAUGAAAUGGCAAAGAAGAGGGAGCGGAUCCUGCAGAUGCAAGUGAAGAGGAAGGAGGAGCAGGAGAGGAAGAGGCUUGAGAAGGAGGAUGAAGCUGCCAAACAGCGGGAAGCACUGAGAUUGAAGCAAGAGGAAGCCGAGAGGAAGAAGGCAGAAGAAAAGGCGCGGAGGGACCAGAUCUACCAACAAUAUCUACAUCGGAAACAACAUCAGGAAGAUGAGGAGAAUGGUAUAGAAAGACCCCAAGAGAGACCAGCCAAGUCCAAACCACGCCCCAAGUCCAUGUUCGUGAAAGCCACCAACUCACCCCCUCAUGAUGACGAAGGUUUGGUUUGCUCGCUGGACGAUCUCUCUGCUCGAGCCUUUGUUAUCCCUUCUUCAGGUGGUGCUGCCUCCUCAGCCUCCUCUUCUCCUCGCCCCACUCUUCAUAUUCCCCAUACACGAGGAAAGUUGAGAAAAGCAGUCUCUUGCAACACUCUAACACAAAAUGGCCGCCCGGGAGGAAUGACUUAUCGGAGACCCCCCUCACCAGAUUUGUACCGACUGCAGCAGCGGCGUAACCGUAGCAACGACAGCAGUGAGACAGGAUCUAAUGCAGGAUCGGACUAUACUGGUCCCAAGUUGUUUGUGAAGCCCAGUUCGAAAUCUAACCGCAACAUCAUCAUGAACGCCAUCAGUCACUGUUGUCUGGCCGGCUGCGUCAACACCGACACGAAGAACAAAGUCUUGGAGAUCAUCUCCCAGAGUGAUGCCAAGCACUUCCUCAUCCUGUUCCGAGACGGAGGCUGUCAGUUCAAGGGCCUGUACACCUAUGCACCAGAAAUAGAAGAAAUUUUCAAAAUACAUGGAGUCGGACCAAAGCAAAUCACCAACAAAAUGGUGGAAAAGUUUUAUAAAUACAAUUCAGGUGCCAAAAGCUUCACUGAGGUCAAGUCGACCAAGCAUAUAUCUGUGUCUAUUGAUGCUGUUGUUGUGCACAAUGCAUUGUGGAAGACAAGCAAACCCGGCGCUGCCAAGAAAUAGUUCUGGUGUUGUCACUGAUCUCCGACUCCUGACAGAGAGGAGGACACAGAUAGCCAUCAUUGUAGCAAGUCACAAACAGUCAUCUGGAUUGCAGAUAGUCAUCCCCUGGCACAGAGCUGUGCUUCAAAUGUUAUGACAGUUGUGUGAAUUAUUAUUUCGGUCUGGGAAGUUUCUCAGCUUUUGUGGUAAUGGCAAGUUGACUAUGCUCUCUUCUAUAUGGACCAUUCUAUGCUGCUUUGAAGCCCUAUUUCAAUAAUUGGAAUUAGGACGUUUAAUGUUAUGAUUCACUGAUAUGAAUAUUAAUUUUAGCCCAAUUAGACACCUGAGAAAACUAUUUAGUGGUCAUGGUUCAUUUUCAUGAAUAACGUUUAAAUUUGUAUUGAGGGCAUUCAGUACUUUCUCCAUUGUAACCAAAGAUUCAGUGUGAUUGAUCGAUUUGAAUUAUGGUUUAAAGUAAUAUAUUUUCAACAAAUCGCAUGAUGUCAUUUCUAUAAAAAGGUUACAUGGUGUCAAGAAUGACAAUACAUUUAGAAAUAUGAUUUACAGGCAAUUGCUGUUGACACUUCCCAGAUCCAGUCCCAGUCUGAUAUAGAUUUUGUAUAAACUGCUAAUAUAUAGGACAUGUUCCGAUGAGCUUGAGUCUGCCGUCACAGUAAGACGAAAUAUGUCAAGCAAUAUCCCAGCCAACAGUCCCAGUAAGUAGAAACAACAUCGGCCAUUACUCUGAUCAUCCAGUAUAGGACCUGCUUUGUUGAAAUGUGAAUUAUGCAAGUCUUCUAAUAUGCUGCUUGGUAGCCUAUACACAGUGGCUGAUGCCAAACUAGUUAAUUUGUUAAAUUAUUUUAAUAUAUUACACUACAUAUUACCAUGAUUACUACUGCUGUUCUAUAUGUGUAUGAACCACGAUAGUGGCACGUGUAGGACAUUUUAUCUGAUUCAAAUUGAAAUGUUAGUGAAAGGUUUGUAUUUGAGAUGGUUCAGAAUUUUUUAAUUGGUUUUAACAAUUAUUUACUGUUGAUGGAGACCUUGUCUUGUUUCUUCAAUUUUAAUUAAAAUAAACAUGAAUAUAUAUCAUUGUAUAUAUAGUGUCAUGAAAUGGCAAGGACAACACCAUGCAUUUGUCACACACCUCUAAUUGUAGAAUCUGCAUCAUCAUAUCCCAGAGUACACAGAUAGAAAUGUGCUGGUGUUACUAGUUGAGCAAACUGUAUGAACACACUACAAGACAUGGCCAGAUUGAUUUUGCUGGUUACACUGAGAAUAAGUAUACUCGAGUAAGUAGUAGGGAAAGUAGGAAUGAGAAAGAGGACUAAGGUAUUUUGUGAUGGAAUUUAUGGUUGUAUGUGAAGAGUUGUGAAUAUGUAGAUUUUGACCUAAUUUAUGUGUAUAAACCCUAGAUGUAGAGUUGAAGAUAUGCCAGUGAGGCCCAGGCUAAUGCUCCCAGUACAGCUGUGGGUCUUUCAGAGUUUAGCUGUAAAGCUUCCUGUCUGUCACAGCUGUUUCCAUUUAACACUCCUGCGAUGACCAAUGCUUUUGUAACAAAUAUUUAUUGUAAAAAUGUACAUUGUUUUCUACACUUCAUUGUUGUGAUCUAGCUAGUGCUUCAGUUGCACUGGAUCCUGUUGUUGUCGUCAUAUUGGAUCCUAUAUUGUCAUAUUGGAUCUUGUUGUGUCCUUCUGGAUCCUAUUGUGUCAUAUUGGAUCUUGUUGUGUCAUACUGGAUUCUAUUGUGUGUCAUAUUGCAUCCUGUUGUGUGACACAAUGUUUUCAUUAUUCAGAUCAAAUAGUGCUUAUCUCCGAGUUACAUCUCAAAGAGUGCUUGUAAAAUAAAUGUUUUAUAACUAUUUGCAUAAAUAUGCAUUUAUUUGUGUAAAUGUUUCAUUCACAUCAAGAUCAUUUCAUGGAAAAAAGAUAUUAAACUACAGUCAUGUCAUUCUCAUAAGUCAUUCUUUCCGACAUCAUUAUUCAUUCAUUUGUUGCAUUUAUUUCUUCUGACAGUUAUCAAAACAUUUGUUGUCAAUAGGUGUGCAGAUUCCAAACAGGUUCGCCAAUAGACUGUGACAAUGACCUUCCUUCUAUCUCAAGUAGCAAUGAACCUAUUUAUGCAUAAUUCUGCUCUGCGCAGCUGUUAGUUCAAAUUGGAGUGGCAAGAUAUAUACAGCCAGGUCAUGAAGCUAUAAUGGUGCCAGAGUUAUGUCCCUUUAGAUGACUUGCCCUCCCAGACGGCAAUAUUACCUAAAUAAGAAUGGUCUUUUAAGUGUCCCUUAUUUAGAUUUUAGAGACAAUUGAUUUCAUUAUGUAUUUCUAAUUCCUCGUGGUAGUAGUUUGGAUACCAUUCAUUACAAAGAUUCAACAUUUUAAUUGUUAAUUGUCGAGAAAAUGGUAAAGAGUCAUCUUGCUACUCCAAGUUGUAUGUGCAGCCAGCAAGUACAAUAUUAUUUAUGUGAGAAAGCCUGUGAUACUAUUGGCCUUACAACUUUCAAUAUGUUGCUGUGACAGUGUGCAUCUAAAUGACAAAUAAAUGUUUGUUGCCAGCUAA